AUGGAGAGAUUGGAGAUCUUUAAGAAGUCUUCUCCCAGCCCCGUGCUCACCAUCGUCGUUAUACCCCUCGUGGAUCAAACCGUUUUUGUCUGUCAAGAUAUAACGUUGACUCCACAGAGUCCUGCCACAGUCAGAGAGGGACAAGCUUUAGAGCUGACAUGUCAAUCAGGCCAGACUAGUGGAUUAUAUAAGUUCUAUUAUAUCAACAGUGAGGGAAAUAAUAUUGAAUAUGCUAAUGGAGGAGGAAGUUUUGCUGUUAAGCCAUGUGAUAAUAAAACUAAUGAUGCAGUCAUAGAGUGUGAUUUUGGGACUCCAUGGAAAUUCAAACUAACAUUGCUUAAUCCUGUUCAUAACCAGACUAUCUACUGUCAGAGGAGUUUUCAGGGUCGAGAUGUUAGUAUAAGUACCACCAUCUUUGUACAAGUGCCCGUCACUAGUGUCACACUGUCACCAUCGCCCAGUGUAGAGGUCAUUGAAGGAACAUCCUUCACUUUCAGCUGUGUAUCAAAAGCUGCCAGACCAGCAGCAAACAUAACAUGGUACAGAGACGACAUGGUGGUGAGUGGAAGUUCAUCGAGUACGUCAACGAAUAAUCUGCUGUACGAUGUGACCAGUAAUCUUACGUCAUCCUAUAAUAGAACGGAUAAUGGGAAGAGGAUAUAUUGUACUGCAGUCAACAUAAAUGGAGACACUCCAAAACAGUCAUCUAAACCUCAACUAAAUGUUAUAUAUGCACCCCCUGCUGCCCCACAACUGACAGCUGUUGGAUCUACGUCAGUGAAUGAAGGGCAGUCCAUUACAUUACGAUGUACCUUGUCUACGCUGGGUAACCCUCACAUCACGUGGAGCUGGGUGUGUGGAGAUGACAAUCUGACCACUGGAGUGACCAAUACAGGGACCCAGUCAGUGUUGACAUUGACAGUCAACAGAAAGUACAACCAGAGAACAUGUCAGUGUAGAGCCACAAGUCCAAGCUUGUCAUUGUCGUAUGACAGGACGUCAGGAACACAGACCAUCACUGUAUACUAUGCACCCCCUGCUGCCCCACAACUGACAGCUGUUGGAUCUAUGUCAGUGAAUGAAGGACAGUCCAUUACAUUACGGUGUACCUUGUCUACGCUGGGCAACCCUUCCAUCACGUGGAGCUGGGUGUGUGGAGAUGACACACUGACCACUGGAAUGACCAAUACAGGGACCCAGUCAGAGCUGACAUUGACAGCAAACAGAAAAUACAACCAGAGGACAUGUCAGUGUAAAGCCACAAGUCCAAGCUUGUCAUAUGACAGGACGUCAGGAACACAGACCAUCACUGUCAACUAUGCACCCCCUGCUGCCCCACAACUGACAGCUGUUGGAUCUACGUCAGUGAAUGAAGGACAGUCCAUUACAUUACGGUGUACCUUGUCUACGCUGGGUAACCCUCACAUCACGUGGAGCUGGGUGUGUGAAGAUGACACACUGACCACUGGAGUGACCAAUACAGGGACCCAGUCAGAGCUGACAUUGACAGCCAACAGAAAGUACAACCAGAGAACGUGUCAGUGUAGAGCCACAAGUCCCAGACCGUCAUUGUCGUAUAACAGGGCGUCAAGAACACAUACCAUCACUGUGUACUAUAGCAAUGUCAUAACAUCAAAUAUAAGUGAACGAUAUGUCACCAGUGAACAUGGACGACUUCAGAUAAAAUGUGAUGUGGAUGGAAAUCCGUUAUCUACCAUCACCUGGCUGUUUGUACAAAACAACACUGCUGUAAAGAAUGAAUCUAAUGUAAGCAGUAGCUCACUGGAGAUAUCGUCAGCAAACUGCCUAGAUCACGGGAAUUACAAAGUUACAGCUGAUAAUGGAAAGGGUCCAGCUGCUGUCAGAAUAAUCCAUGUAGCGGUUAAAUGUAAUCCUCGACUGUAUAACAUGGAUUCCCAGACUCCUGCAGACAAACUUGGCAUAGGAAAUAAUGAAUCUCUUCAAAUACUUGUGAGAAUGCUCUUGUAUCCACAAGCGACUCUGACAAAUUGGACUUUCUUGGGGAAAAAUAAUGAGAGUAAAAUCAUUCAGAAUAAUAUAAAUGGCUACAAUAUAACAGACAGUAAGGAAGAGAAUAAACAAAACAUCUCUCUAUACAAAAGGAGUGUUAAGACAGAGGACUUUGGAGAGUACACCUUAAUGGUUCUGAAUGGUGUUGGUAAUUUCACCAGGAUCUAUCAUGUAGAUGCAGCAAGGCCACCAUUGAAACCCACUAAUCUAACAUUGGAAUGUGGCACGUCUGUAAAGUUAUCAUGGAUUUCCAACUUUAAUGGUGGAGAUAGUCAGACGUUUAAGAUUUCCUAUUCCACUGCUGAGGAUUCAUCCUAUAAAGAGCUAGAGAUCAUCAGUGACAAGGGAUAUGACAGACUCCACAGCUACACUCCCAGCAUUGGGCUACGAGGGACAGUAUGGUUUACAGUGACUGCCUCCAACAUGUUUGGGAAUUCUACAUCAGAUUAUGUCCAUUGUAUUGUUAAAGUUCCUGCUGAAGAUACGUCCAGUGUUGCAGCCUUAGCUGGAGGAGCAGCCGCUGGUGGCAUCAGUUUAGCAGUUGUUGUGAUUGUCAUCGUCAUCUUUGUACGGAGAUACUCCAAACAUGAAAAACAAACAAGUAAAACUCAAAGGUUUAGAGAUGAUGAUGGAAAUGAAAGUGCAGAUGAUGAUGGUCUUAAAGUGAAUGCCCUGUAUGUGUCAGCUGACAUAGUGAAUGAUGAUAAACCAGGACCGUCUGAAACAGCAGUAUAUGCAGAGGUCAAUAAAAAGAUUCCAGAAAGUGACAGCAAUGCCAAUGUUUACGCAGAAGUGAAGAAAACUGGAAAAAAAGCUGGAGAAGACAAAGCAACAAAUGGUGCAGUUAAACACAAAAAAGGCUUCCUUAAAAAAGAAGAAAAGACUAAACAGAAGAAAGGUAAAAAGCAGAAACUGAAGCAGGAAGUACCAGAUGUAUAUGAAAAUUCUGAGGACAUUGCAAUGAAACAGAGAGGUGAUGAUGUAUACUCCAACACAGGAGAGAAUCGCCCACCAAAACAAGAACAAAGAGGAUAUAAAAACCAAGAUGGACUUCUUUAUGUGGAAGUUCAGUUUGAUGCAAAAGCAGAUAACAGAAAAUCGGUGAUUCAUGGAGAAGAGGAGAAAACAGAUUAUGCCACUGUGGAGUUUCCAUUCCCGCCUUCCUCACAGAAGACAGCUGAAGGGGGAAAGAAAGAGAAAUAACAAUCAGUGUAUUAAUAUGUAGAUUUAUUGAUAUAAGUCUACUAAAAUAUGUGAUCUGUCUUCCAUAAUUAACUGUCUUCCAUAAUUUUAUUAAGAUUGGCUUACAAUGCUGUCUGCUCCUAUUCAAUGUGCAUAUGAUAUUGCGUAUAGUUUUGAUAAAUAUUAAUAUAAUUUUAUUUGAAUAUGGUGAUUAUUAGCACCAUUGGUACUGAAUGAAUCAACCUUAUUUUUCCUACAAUCAAUUUGUUGAUGAUUUUACUAUAAUGGUCCUGAACUUGGAAAUCAAAAUUCAUUGAAUACGACUUAACCAAAAUUUUACAAAAAGACAAUAUUAAGUUUUCUAAUUAAAGUGUGUUGUAUUACCAAUUUUUGUAAUUCUGAUCGGAUUCAAUUUAAUUUUUAUUGGGCUUGGUUCAAAUUUAAAAAAUUCACAUUAUUUUUGAAUUUUUGCCAUUUCAUUACAAUUUUAUAUAGAUAUAUUUGUCUAAUUUUUUUUUUCUAACUGACAUGUUUCUUGAAGGUUUGAGUCAUCUAUUAAAGAAAUAUUAACAAAGAGCAUUUUUAAUUUUCAUCUAUAUUUUUUUAAAAAGAAGAAAGUUUAGAAUGUUUAUCUGAGUCUUCUGGGUAUGUUUUAUAAGAUAUUUAUGUCAUGCAUCAAAUCACAACGAAUUUGGACUCUAAAAUCUUAUAUAUGCAAACAAAACAACUUUUUUUUAUGUCAUUCUGGGGGAAAACACGAGAAAAUAUACGCUGUAUAUGAAAUAAUUAAGAGUUUGUAUCACUCUUUCAGUGGUGAAAUCGAACUCCAUGUGAGAUUGCUUAUAUCAAAUCCUGGUGUAGAGAUACUUGACUCCUGAUGUAAAAUAACCAAACUGAGCACAUGGCAAAAAGUGUGAAACGUUAUGGCUCGUGGUUCAGGGAGUUUGGUGCUAAGAUGGGGUUAUAUGGCUCGUAUAGUGAAACUGUGUUAUUUUAAAAAAAAUCUUGCCUCCUGGACAUUGGACAAAGUAUAUAUAUUAAUAAAGAGAAAAGCUUCUACCAGAUUGUGUAAUUUAUGGACCCUUGGUUCUGAUGCUAGAACAUAUUGUAGGGAUCUACAAUUGUUUGGAGUAUAGUUCUUAAAGAAGACAUGCACACAAAAAUAGACAUUUUAUGUCAGAAUAUUAGAAAUGUCAUCUUUCUUAUGUAAGGAUUAUCAUUGUUGGAACCAAGAGUCCCCCCCCCUUUUUUUUUUUUUUUGCAAAUGUCUAUUUAUAUAAAAAGUAUUUUUGAUUAUAUGAUUUAUCUUGUUGACAAUCUUCAUUACUACAGUCCAAUGCACAAGAAAAAUAAUUAUACUGUAAUUGACUAUUAUUCAGCAUGAUAAAAUUAUUUGAGAGAAAGAAAGAAGAGAAAUGGUUUGAUAGAGGAGGAAUUUUGAUAGGAAUACUUUACAUAAUGGUCAUUUAUUGAAUAUGUAUCACCAUGAUUAAUGCUGACAUUCCAAUCGACUAAGUUGAAGUUUGAAUUAUUUCAUUAAUUGAUUUUUGUUGCUUUUUAAGCUUUUGUAUUUACUAGUUUUGCUGCAUAUAUAUUGUUUGAUAAUGAAUAUGAUAUUUUUGUAAUUUAUGUAUUUUUCUUAUUUUUUGAUUAAAUAAAACUGACUGUCUCUUUA